CAGCCGGGAGGAAGAGAGAGAGGCAGAGAAAGCUCGCCGCCGCCCCGAGGAGAUAGAGCUCGCUCCCGCUCCCACAUUCCCAACAUGAAAAUUCUCGUGGCUCUGGCUGUGCUCUUCCUCGCGUCCGCUCAGGCUUUUGCCGAAGAAAUAGGCGCCAACGACGAUCUAAACUACUGGGCCGACUGGUCGGACAGCGACCAGAUCAAGGAAGAGCUCUCCGAGCCCUUUGAGCAUUUCUUGCAGAGAAUUGCCAGGAGACCCAAGCCUCAGCAGUUCUUUGGGUUGAUGGGCAAAAGGGACGCUGAUACCUCAGUUGAAAAGCAAGUGGGCAUGUUAAAGGCUCUCUAUGGGCAUGGUCAAAUAUCUCAUAAAAGGCAUAAAACAGAUUCCUUUGUUGGACUCAUGGGCAAAAGAUCUUUAACUUCUGGGUCCUCGGAAUGGAGCACAGCACAGAAUUAUGAGAGAAGGCGCAAAUGAGGCAUCACCUAUGGGCCUUCCAUCAAUGUCGUUGGCUCUGACGGCCCACGAUGA